AUGUUCGAGUUCAUUGGUCUCUUGGUUGUGGUCGUGUGGCUGCUAAAAGUAGCGCACACUGUUCCGGGUGUGUGUAGCCGACGACGCAGCUUGCCCAAGACCCUAGGAGACAAGCUUGUCAUCACCGGUGCCACGGAUGGGAUCGGUAGAGCGUAUGCCGACUUGGCUGCAAAAAACGGGAUACCCAUAUUGGUCCUGGUUGGCCGGAACCAAGAGAAGCUCGACGCUGUGAAGCGUGAAGUGGAGACCAAGACAACGACAGUGAGGACAGUGCAGGCAGACUUCGAUUCGGCGGAUUUGACGAAGACUGCUGGCUUCGAGGAGUUGAAGAGGGAGUUGUCGACGGCGGAGAGUCUUAUUAACUGCGCGGGUGUGAGUUACCCAGGUGCGAUGUACUACGAGGAGGUGGGUGUGCCAUUUCUGGACACGUUGAUUCGAGUGAAUUUGAUGUCUACGAUGAUCGCUGCGCACCUGGCGUACAAAGGUAUGCGAGCUCGUGGCAAGGGUCUGUUGGUCUUCAUGGGUAGUGCUUCCUCGCUGGUUGCAGAACCGUUGUUGGUGGGAUACGCUGGCACGAAGGGCGCCAUUGACGGACUUGGUCGGUCGUUGCAGGCAGAGUGUGUGUCCACCGAAUUUGGCAUUCAGAUACAAGUGCCAUUCAUGGUCACGACGAAAAUGUCGAAGAUUCGAAAACCCUCACUACUUGUACCAUCCGCAGAUGCCUACGCUCGGGCCGGCCUGCGCGCGGCCUGCCACGCAUCCAACCGAACCGUUAAUGACUCCAUGCGCGCGACCAUCUGCCCCUAUUGGUCCCACCAAGUCAUCCUCAAUGUGUGCCAAAGACUACCGCGAUACCUCUGGGAGCAAUUCCGACUGAGCGAACAGAAAGUGCUGCGGAAAAAAUAUAUGGCCAAAGUCACCAAAGCUACCACCACUGCCUAG